AUGUCUGAAGAGGCUGGGGGAUGGAGCACCAUCGAGUCGGAUGAGGGGGUUUUCACUGCCCUGGUAGAAAAUUUGGGUGUCAAGGACGUACAGUUUGAGGAAUUAGUAUCCUUGGAUGCCGAUACAAUACGCUCACUAAGCCCUGUAUAUGGCGUUAUCUUCCUAUUCAAAUGGGUCAGCGGUCACUCGCGAAACGCCUCCAGUCCACAGGACGGGACGUUUGAUCCCCUCGCGGUCGAAAACGGUCUCUUCUUCGCCGCCCAAACCAUCCAAAAUGCCUGCGGGACACAAGCAGUUUUAUCUGUAAUACUAAACCAAGACAGCCCGUCUACCUCUUCAAGCGGAAUCGACAUUGGACCUGAACUGCGCUCCUUCAAAGAAUUCACCGCCGGAUUUCCUCCAGACCUCCGAGGCGAGACGUUGAGCAACUCAGCCCGGAUCCGCAACGCACAUAACGUAUUUGCUCGUUCUUCGCCCUUUGUUGACGAAACAUCUCGCCCGCCACCAUCGGAGGAGGACGCGGAGUUAUACCAUUUCAUCGCCUACCUUCCAUUUGGCGGGAAACUAUACGAGUUGGACGGGCUGCAGCCACAUCCGAUAGCCCACGGGUCGUGUGAUUCCGAAGAAUUUCCAGAGAAGGUCAUCGAGGUACUGCAACGACGAAUUGGGCGCUACCCAGAAGGCGAGAUCCGGUUUAAUCUCAUGGCCGUCGUAAGGGAUCUGAGGAUCCGCGCACAAGAGAUUGGAGACGUAGAGAUGCUCGAGAGAGAGAAGAGGAAAAGGGGAAAUUGGGGAUGGGAGAACUCGUUAAGGAAGUGUAACUUUAUUGACUUUACUGGGCAACUGCUGAAAGGCGUUGUGGGUAUGAAGCUUCAGCAAGGGACGGAGGAAUAUGACAAGUGGAUAGAAGCUGCAAAGAAGGCAACCAAAAAACGAGCGGAGAUGAGGGGAGCAAAUCGUCAUGGGUAA